UCCAUUAAGGCAAAUUUUAAACCACGACCCCUUUUAAAAGUAGUCAUGGCUGUUCUAGUAACCAUGUCUCAACUUUUCCAGCUAUUAUAAUCUCUCUCUCUCUCUCUGUAUAAUAUACCAUUACCAUCCAUAAAAGAGAAAUACAAGCUAGCUGCAAGCUCAUAAAACACAGAGAAAGAAUGGGGAGAGCUCCUUGUUGUGACAAAGCCAACGUUAAGAAAGGACCAUGGUCACCUGAAGAAGAUGCCAAACUCAAGGCUUAUAUCGAACAGAACGGCACCGGCGGCAACUGGAUAGCCUUGCCGCAGAAGAUCGGCCUUAAAAGAUGUGGGAAAAGCUGCCGACUCAGAUGGUUGAACUAUCUCCGCCCAAACAUCAAGCAUGGAGGAUUCUCUGAGGAAGAAGAUAACAUAAUUUGCAGCCUCUACAUAAGCAUCGGAAGCAGGUGGUCUAUUAUCGCAGCACAACUACCCGGACGAACCGAUAACGAUAUAAAGAACUAUUGGAACACAAGGCUGAAGAAGAAACUUCUGGGUAAGCAGCGGAAGGAACAAAACGCUCGUAGAGUUAAUAGCCUAAAGCAAGAGAUGAAGAAAGGAAAUGGUAAUAACCCCAUAGCGGUAUCAGCAGCCGAAAGCAGCAACCAGCUGCAGAACCCUUACUGGCCAGAUUUGCCUAUGCCUGUAUUCAUGCCUUGUCAGAACCAAGAUCCCCAUCUGAUCAUCAGCGAUAACGCAUCCCUCAGGAAAUUGCUAAUCAAUAAGCUUGGAGCAGGAGGAAGGUUUUCAGAUGGAGAUGGUCAUCAUCAACAACCAAGCGACGAGGGCAUGAACUUUCAGUGCCCACUCGAUAUUCCCUCCACCCAACAACAGCUUUAUGAGAAUUCCAUCAAUUUGCUACCUUGUCAUGAUCAAGGUCCAUCCCUAAGUAACAAUACUACUUGUCAAUGGACGGACGCCCAGAACCAGUAUGGCAUGGACGUGGCAAGCAUGCACAUUUUGCAAGGACUCAACAGUACUACUUUCCCAGUAGUGGAGCUCGAUCAGAUUGUCUAUCAUCACAACUCUCAAACUCAAAGAUUAGAAGGCUUAGAAUUUUACAAUGGAGCUGGUGUCAUGGUUAAUGACAGCACUUGGACAAGCUCGGCGGAGAGCUCUAGCUGGGGUGAUAUAAACUCUCUGGUUUAUCCUCAUCUAGUUACCCACAACUACGAGAGUAGGGAGCAAGCGGUGCUACAACUACAAGAAUGUCCUCUUGAGGAGUCAAGGUAUAUCGGUCCGCAGUAAUCGCAGCACUGUACAUGGAUGGUGUAAAUUUAAUGUGUACCAGUAAGUACUAGGGAAGAGGUUGUUUGUUUCUCAAAAGAACCCUAAUAAACUCAUUCAGAGGUGGAGCUUCUUCUUUUUUUUCCCCAUUGAAUUAAUGGUACGUAGUUCUCAUAUUAUUAUUUUCUGUGGACUGUUGUUGUUCUUCAAUCU